AUGGGGCACCCGGACCCGCCGGCACUGCGCCCUGAAGUUAUUACAGGUCUGGGUCCUUUGACUCGAAAGCUGCUUAGGCGUCGGGCAGACAACAGUUUAAGUAAAAAGGGCAAGAUGUUUGUUCAGCUUAUUUCCAUGUUCAGUGCUGAGCUGGAGCAAAUAAAUCGUCACAGAAGAAAUCAUUCCCAACAUAACUUAACACUUGCAGACAUCAUUAGUACACCAGACCACACGGUGGUGGAGAAAGAAGGAUAUCUUCUAAAAGCUAAAAUAGCAGACGGUGGCAAGAAAUUAAGGAAAAACUGGUCCACCUCUUGGAUUGUUCUUACUUCACGGAAAAUGGAAUUCUACAAAGAAUCCAAACAGCCAGCGCUGGCCAAUCUGAAACCGGGAUAUAAACCUGAGUGUGUGGAUUUGUGUGGUGCUCGCAUUGAGUGGACCCCAGAGAAAUCCAGCAGAAAGAAUGUCUUUCAGGUAAGAAGCAAUGCAUGCAUUUCAUUGCUCAUUUGAGCAUAAACUCUGUUA